AUGAGAACUCAUCUGCAAUCCGGCUUUUCGGUAUGCACACACCCUGGUACCUGCAGAAAAAUGUGGGAAAAUAUGAGACCUCAUACUGACAACAUCAAAGAAAACAGAGAAAACGGCCCAAAAAAAUACACAUUCGACAUGAACCCAGACGUCAACUUCACCUGGAACGACGUCUUCUUCCUCACUCUGUGGAAUGAAAACCAGCAAACAGAAGGCGGGCCUCGCUACUUCUCAAGCUCCUACUUCCGCAUCAACACUUCAGAUCCCUCAUCCCCUUCUCCAGGCGGCGGCAACAACAACAACCCCAAAAACUCUGCCUCCGGUCUCUCACGCGCUACUAAAAUCGGAAUCGGCGUCGGCGUAGGCGUAGGUGUCCCUGCCCUGAUCCUCGUCGGUGCUGCCGUCUUCUACCUCCGUCGCCGCUCAAAAACCACGGCUGCCCAAACACGACAAGGGGCUGAAUGCGGUGCUGGUGCUGGCGCUAGCAUGGGCGGGUAUUCCAGUCAACAUCCACCGGUAUCAGAAGUCAGCGGUGACGCGGCAUACAAAGCAGAAUUACCAGACGAGUCCACCGCGCCGUGCAGAGCGGAGUUACCAGGUGGGUUGACCACGCCGUCGAAGCAGACGGAACCGAGCGAGGUAGAUCCGACGAAUGUUGGUGUUGGUGUCCAGUCUCGGUUUAUAGAGUUGCCUGGGAAUUGAUUUUGUAUAUGUAUAUAUAUAAAAAAAAGCUUUCUUGGUUGUAUAUACGCAUUUAAAGACCACCUUGUUAUCUCCCCCCGUCAUGGAUUAAUUUAUACUCGACAUGCGAGCGCUGGGGUCGUGAAAUUAAAUAAUUACUCUCGAAACCAGAGAUAAGAAUAGCCUUACGACGCUCUUAAAC